AUGGAAGACACUGGCGCCGGAACUGGUUCGUUGACAGACACUUGCCUUAGAGCGUGCGCGCACCUUGUGGAACACAUAGAUUCCCACGUCCUUCGGGAUCGUGUCCCUUGGCGUCUAGGAAAACAAAUAUGGCUGCUUGCACGUGCAUAUCGCAGAGAGAUGACGGUUUGGAGAACGAUGGCGAAUGCAUACGCGGACGCGUUGGACGAUGAUCCGGACUGGCCUGAAGGUUCUGGGCAACGGCCGCUGAGAAUUUAUCCCCUCACUCUACGUGCAAAGCACCCAAGCAAGGAUCACUGCGCAUAUGUUACAUUCGAAGAUCUACGACUACACGGAUCUUCUACUCCGUCUCGAUAUGUUGUCACCGUCACGCUUCGAAACGCGCAGGUGACAUUGGCAGAGCUCGUCAGUCUUGCCUUCAUGCCCAACCUUGCCGCUCUCGUUCUCAGUAACGUGGAAUUCAAAGAGCGAGACUUGGAUCUACGAACCAUACGAGCACUAGAGGAAAAAGCAUUGACGGAGAACGGAUUCUCUACCUUACGGCUUCUUAUUAUGCAAGGAUACAAUGGGAUCCCAGCUGAUGCUCUGCGCCGUCUGGAGUCAAUCGUCGCGCUCCAAGUCGUAGCUUUGGAGCCUAUCUGCGAGUAUGCUUAUUCUAGCGACCAAGUCUAUGGCCAGGAAGUCGGUUCGUCCUUCAGACUUACCAAUGGCUCUCACCCAACGCACUCAUCCUUAGCAAGAGCAUUUAAAGGAACGGAGAGCCUGCAUCGGAAUAUCGCAACCAUGCUGAGCACAUGCCUCGAGUCGAGGCCGCUCAAGCUUAAAGAUACGGAGGGUUCUAUAGUCAUGAAUGAGCGGGCACCAAUACUCAGUCUGUUGUAUAGUAGCAUAGGAGUCAACGAUGCUCGUAUGCCACCGCCGGCCUCAAAAAUGAACUGGUUCAUUCGGGAUGAUCGUCGACUGACUUCACCGUCCAAUGCGGUUGAUGUUUCGAAAAGACUGCAAGAUGGAGAGCUCGUCUCGCAGCACGGGCAGGGAAAGAGACGGAAGGUCAGAGCGAGUAAGACUGUAAAUCUAGACGACAUGCUCAGCGGCAUGAGCUGA